AUGGACACCGAGAAGGUUCGGCUCGAGGGGUUCUUCUACACGGCAAUUGCUCGUUUCCUCUUUCGGAACCCAGAUAGGCAAGACCGACUAACCCCAGAAACAAUUGGGGACAUUGCUGCCAGGUGGGAACUGGGCAGCGAAAUCACAAUUGCCCAUGUCGAGCCCGGGCACCCAGACUGUCCUCCAACCAUGGACCCUGACAAUCCGGGAUGCAUUAUCCUCUCUAGUGUGAGGGAACAGGAGAAGGCCUUUAGAGAAAAUAUGGCCAUGUAUGGGAGCGAGAAUCCCAACAACGAUGUUCUUGGGGAUGGUAGUGAGGAUGAGGGGGCUAAUUCUUCUGAUGUUCAAAUGGUCGAUACUCCAGGAAGCACGGCCAGGCAAAGGAAGCGAAAGAGGGAUAACGAGUUGACAUCAAUUUCCACGGUUUAA